AUGAAUUUCCGUCAGGAAACCUUACCAAUUCAUUGCUCCAAACCAGUCAGUAGUUAUCCAAAUUUAAAAUUAAUUUCUACUCCUGAGGAAGACGAUGCAGGUGCUGUUCACUCUCCUGCUAGGAAAAAAACGAUUAAUGGUGAAGCUGGAACCAGGACACCAAGAACUCUUAGAUCUACACCUCGAAGAAAGAAGAGGUAUCAAACAGAAACAUGGUUGCCAGGCAUCACUCAUGCAUUGCUCAAAGAAUGCAUGGCCAGAAAAGGAGAUUUGCAGAGUGGCAAUCCUCCAAAUAGCCUAUGGAAAGAAGUUACUGAUACUCUCAACAAGUUGGGCUUCAAGUGUGAAUGGCAGGCAUGUCGUGAAAAAUUUGAAAGCAUGAAUAUGUUUUUUUGAUAAAAGUCUGCUGAAAGUUAAUGGUAUCAUAGGGAGAACCAAGUGGCCUUAUUACGAGUCUUUCUUGGAAUGACACGAUUUGCCUCCAAAUUAUAUUCACCCAGUUACAGAGCCAGUAGUUGAUAAAAUAUUAUGAGAAUGAGGAAGAAGAUUCUAAACUAUGGCCGGAUCAUGUCAUUGAAUUACUUAUCAGCUUGUACAAAGAAAGGAGGCUCCUUUUCAAGGCGUCAAAAUCGUGCAUCCGGCAUACUUCGUUGUACAUGGAAAUGGCUGCCAUUAUGAAAGUCGUCGAAUGUGGACGAAACCAUCAUCAAUGUAAACGAAAAAUGAAUGCCAUGCUAUCUAAAUUUCGGACUGGUGGACAACCCUCAAGGCUGCAAGCAA